GAUGGCGGCCGAGGGGGGACCGCGGGGGGCCCGGGGGCCGAGGCCGGCCAGGGCUGUACGGGCGACCAGGGGACCGCGCGCAAGACGGCGCCUGGACUGGCGGCGGCUGCAGAGGGACUGUUAGUAUUCUCCUACUACACGGAGUACGGCGGUGUUCAGCAGAGCGUGGGGCGUGCGAUCAUGCUUUAAGGAGCUCAAUUCUGUCGCCUCGGAGCUGUCUGCACCGCAGGAGGGAAGCGGACUUUCUCCUAAACAUUUCAUUGAACUCCGCCGGGAAUUUAAGAAAGAUGUGCCAGAGGGAAUCAGAGCGAUGGUAGCUCCGGUGCUGAAAAGCUUCCAGGCUGAGGUGGUGGCUCUCAGUAAGAGAAGUCGGGAGGCAGAGGUGGCGUUCCUGAGUGUUUAUAAGCAAUUGAUUGAAGCACCAGACCCUGUCCCGUCGUUUGAGGUGGCGCGGACUCUAGACGACAGACUGCAGCGUCCCAGCUUCGACCCCAGUGGGCAGCGCCUACAAGACGUGCACAUCGUGUGGAAGAGGUGCCCAGAGCCACCCAGUGCCAGAGAGCAGAACGAGGGGACGUGUCCCACUGGGCACACGCCAGCCAACGGUAACCACCUGCCAGGUCCCGAGGACACCCUCGUGACAGACACCUUGCUGCAGAAGGAUGAGGCCGAGAGACAGAAGGGCCUCCAAGAAGUCCACGUCACCUUGGCAGCCAGGCUGGGGGAGGCAGAGGAGAAAAUCAAGGUGUUACAUUCAGCGCUAAAGGCCACACAGACAGAGCUGCUGGAGCUGAGGAGGAAAUACGAUGAGGAGGCUGCAUCCAAGGCCGAUGAGGUCGGCUUGAUCAUGACGAACCUGGAGAAGGCCAAUCAGCGAGCAGAGGCUGCCCAGCGUGAGGUGGAAAGCCUUCGGGAGCAGCUGGCAUCGGUCAACAGCUCCAUUCGCCUGGCUUGCUGUUCCCCCCAGGGACCCAGUGGGGAGAAGGUGAGCUUCGCCCUGUGCUCAGGGCCUAGACUGGAGGCCGCCUUGGCCUCCAAGGACAGAGAGAUCCUGAGGCUUUUGAAGGAUGCCCAGCAGCUGCGGCACUCCCUGCAGGAGCUGGAGGAGGUCUCAGCCAACCAAAUCGCAGACCUGGAGCAGCAGCUAGCGGCCAAGUCCGAGGCCAUAGAGAAACUCCAAGAAAAGCUCGAGGCCCAGGCUGACUAUGAAGAGAUUAAAACAGAGCUGAGCAUCCUGAGAGCCAUGAAGCUGGCCUCCAGCACCUGCAGCCUCCCACAGGCGCUGGCCAAGCCUGACGACCCGCUGCUUGUGGUCAAGGAUACCUUCUUCCCCACACAGAAGUUCCUGCUGGAGAAGCCUGCGCUGCUGACCAGCCCUGAGGAGGACCCCUCGGAGGAUGACUCCAUCAAGGGCUCACUGGGCACCGAGCCCCCCUACCCUCCUCAGCUUCCACCUCCGCCAGGCCCAGAAGACCCGCUGUCCCCAAGCCCUGCACAGCCCCUGCUGGGCCCCAGCCUGGGUCCUGAUGGGCCAAGGACUUUCUCACUGUCCCCCUUCCCCAGCUUGGCCCCGGGGGAGAGGCUGGCUGGGGACUCACUGCUGUCCAAGCAUAUGAUGGGCCCAGCUGCCUUCAAAGGGGAGACAGGCAACCUGCUGGCGUUCCCCCCGGCUUUCUACGGCGGUGCCAAGCCUCCAUCGGCUCCUGCUGCCUCCUUGCCCGGCCCUGAGCCCACGGGGGCCCCGGAGGCUGUGGACGGGGCUGGGCCAGAGGAGGAGCAGCUGGACACGGCUGAGAUCGCCUUCCAAGUGAAGGAGCAACUGCUCAAGCACAACAUUGGCCAGCGUGUGUUCGGCCACUACGUGCUGGGACUGUCGCAGGGCUCGGUGAGUGAGAUCCUGGCCCGGCCCAAGCCGUGGCGCAAGCUCACAGUCAAGGGCAAGGAGCCCUUCAUCAAGAUGAAGCAGUUCCUGUCGGAUGAGCAGAACGUGCUGGCCCUGCGCACCAUCCAGGUGAGGCAGCGAGGCCCCACAGCCGCCACCUUCGUGCCCCUCCCAGGCAGCAUCACCCCGAGAAUCCGCACACCCGAGACAGGCUCGGACGACGCCAUCAAAAGUAUCCUGGAGCAAGCCAAGAAGGAGAUAGAGUCCCAGAAGGGGGGUGAAUCCAAGAAUUCUCCAGCCUCCGUGAGCAUCCCCAACGGCACAGCCUCCUCCAGCACCUCGGAAGACGCCAUCAAGAACAUUCUGGAACAAGCCCGCCGCGAAAUGCAAGCCCAGCAGCAGGCCCUGCUGGAGAUGGAGUCGGGUCCCAGGGGCCGCUCAGUGCCUCCCUCUCCUCCGGAGCGGCCCUCGCCAGCCACUGCGAGCCAGAAUGGGGCCCUGGCCUGUGUGAAGCAGGAAGAUGGUGGUGGUGGUGGCGGCGGCGGCGGCGGCGGCGGCGGUGGCAGCAGCAGCAGCAGUGCGCAGGCGCAGCCCCUUGCUGUCCUGUCCCCCGCUGCAUUUGUGCAGCGGAUCAUCCGCAAGGUGAAGUCGGAGAUCGGCGACGCCGGCUACUUUGACCACCACUGGGCAUCAGACCGCGGUCUGCUCAGCCGUCCCUAUGCCUCCGUGUCGCCCUCCCUCUCCUCCUCCUCCAGCUACUCGGGACAGCCCAAUGGGCGAGCCUGGCCCCGUGGGGACGAGGCAACCAUCGCCCCUGAGGACGAAGCAGCUAUGGGCGAGGACGAGGCCCCCAGGGUGGGAGAGCUCAAGGCCGAGGCCGGAGCCCCCGAGGUGGGCAGCGGGCGACUGCCCUACUACCCAGCGUACGUGCCCCGCACACUCAAGCCCACUGUGCCGCCCCUGACACCCGAGCAGUAUGAACUGUACAUGUACCGGGAGGUAGACACGCUGGAGUUGACACGCCAGGUCAAGGAGAAGCUAGCCAAGAACGGCAUCUGCCAGCGCAUCUUUGGGGAGAAGGUCCUGGGACUGUCGCAGGGCAGCGUGAGUGACAUGCUGUCCCGACCAAAGCCAUGGAGCAAGCUGACACAGAAGGGUCGGGAGCCUUUCAUUCGGAUGCAGUUGUGGCUGUCGGACCAGCUGGGCCAGGGCCAGGGCCAAGCCCCAACCCAGCAGCCCAGCGCUAGCCAGGCCAGUCCCACGGAGCCAACCUCCUCCCCAUCGCCUCCCCCAAGCCCCACGGAGCCCGAAAAGACGUCCCAGGAGCCUCUGGGCCUGUUACUGGAAAGCAGCAAGGAGAAUCAGCAGCCCGAAGGCCGGGCCAGCUCCUCCCUGGGUGGGAAGCCCUUCUCAAGCAGCCAGGCUGCGGGGGGCAUCCAGGAGAUGGUGGCCAUGUCCCCAGAACUGGACACGUACUCCAUCACCAAGAGAGUCAAGGAGGUCCUCACUGACAACAACCUAGGGCAGCGGCUGUUUGGUGAGAGCAUCUUGGGGCUGACCCAGGGCUCCGUGUCGGACCUGCUGUCGAGGCCCAAGCCCUGGCACAAGUUGAGCUUGAAGGGCCGGGAGCCCUUCGUGCGCAUGCAGCUGUGGCUGAGUGACCCCCACAACGUGGAGAAGCUUCGGGACAUGAAGAAGCUGGAGAAGAAAGCUUAUCUGAAGCGCCGCUACGGGCUCAUCGGCACCGGCUCGGACAGCGAGUCACCGGCUGCGCACUCCGAGUGCCCCAGCCCGUGUCUGCAGCCCCAGGAGUUGAGCCUCAUGCAGGCCAAGAAGCCCCGGGUGGUGCUGGCGCCCGCCGAGAAGGAGGCUCUGCGGAAGGCCUACCAGCUCGAGCCCUACCCCUCGCAGCAGACCAUAGAGCUGCUCUCUUUCCAGCUCAACCUCAAGACGAACACGGUCAUCAACUGGUUCCACAACUACAGGUCCAGGAUGCGCCGUGAAAUGCUGGUGGAGGGGACACAAGAUGACCCCGACUUUGACCCAAGUGGGGGUCCCAGUGUGCUGACGCCAGGCCACACCCACAGAGAGCCCACCCCGCAGAGCCCUGACUCAGAGACUGAGGACCAAAAGCCCCCCAUGAAGAGCUUGGAGCUGCAAGAGCCUGAGGGUCCCCUACAGCGAGCUGCCCCAGACAGGGCUAUGGUGACGAUCAAACAGGAAGAGGGCUUGGAGGUGGACGGACACAGUCAGCCCCAGGACGUGGGGGAUUCAGACAGAGGGCAAGAUGGCCCCAAAGAGGAGCAUACCUACCCUCUGGGGAACAGUGACCUCUCAGAGCUAGCCCCCGCACCCUUCCUUUCAGGCACACCCAAUCCAGACUGUCCUUCAUUGCACACCCCACAAGUAAAGGGGACUGGGGAACAGGUUCACUCAGAGCCUCUGAGUCUCAAGUCCACCUCCGAAUCCUCCUGCUGCAGUCUGGAGGGGCCACCGAAUUCUCCCUCUGCCAUCUCCUCGCCAGACCUCACGACGACGUGUGUGUCACCCGCCCCUUCCUCCUCAGCCCCUAUCUCCCCAUCCCUACCCGGUGCCCCACCUGCCAAAGUGCCGAGUACCAGCCCCACUGGUGACACAGCCGCAGCCUUGCACCCCAGCACUAAGGUGAACCCCAACUUGCAGCGGCGGCAUGAGAAAAUGGCCAACUUGAACAGUAUAAUCUACCGGCUGGAGAGGGCUGCCAACCGGGAAGAGGCUCUGGAGUGGGAAUUCUGAAGCUGGGGUUGAGGGACAUAAUCCCAGAGAUUACCUUCCCUCCCUCCCUCCCUCCCUCCCCCAGAUGUGGUGAGGUCCAGAGAGGCAAGAACUCAGCCGUGCAGAUGUGGACAACAAAGUUAGGCUGUUUACGUUUAUUGUUGUAUCACUAGUUACCUGAAGUUGUGUGUGAGCAGAUGCCACCGCCUCUUCCUUUUGACAGCCCUGCUCGGAGGAGGCGCUGGAAUCCUGCUCUCAUCCUCUCCCCUGUGGGAAGGCAGGACCCAAAAGGUACCACAUUCUCACUCAAAAAAAAAAAAAAAAAAAAAAAAAAAAAAACUCCAAACUCUUUUAGAAAAAUAAAGAAAUAUUUAUAGACCUCUUUCAGCUAUUUUAAUAAAGGAUCCUUUGGAAUUUAUCCCCAGCCGAUGCUGUUUUGAUAUUAAAGAGAGUUAUAAAAUCAGAUGCUGUCACUGCUGUUGUGGAACCGGCACAGAAGCAACUGUGUCUUUUUUUCUUUUUCUUUUUUUUUUUUUGCCAUGAGAUGAGAUUAAAAGAAGACAAUUAUUCAAAGCCAUCACAAAACACUAAAGACGGACCAAAUUCAGAGGACCCUUGGACGGCGGGUUUGGUUGUCUUUUUUUUUUUUUUUUUUCUGGUUCUCAUGCCUGUCUGUGAGACACGGCACUAUGCCAGUAUCCUUCCAGAGCCUGUGUUGCAAAGAGAAAGUCCAAAAGACUCUAAAUGAAAACCUGGGUGCUCCUAAGGAUGGGACUGUGUUGGAGGGUUGUCUGCAGCCUCCACGUCACAUGAGGUCCUGUUGCUGGUAGAAAUGUUGCCCUUAGAGAAUGUGGCGUCACAAACGCCUCCACUCCCUGAGUUAGAAGCCUUCUGUCCCAAAUGAGUACAGACAACAGAAUGAGUACAGAACCUUCAGAAAGCUGGGUGUGUGGGGGGAGGUGUCCAAGAGAACUAUGGAUAUCGAGUGACCCUGGCUCCCAUCCUGAAUCGUGGCUGCACUUAGAAGGCUUCUCCUACGAUCCGAGCCAGGUACUUCAUCCCAGAGAACACUGCGGCUUCCAUCUUCCUUCCUUGUUUCCAGAAAGGGCAAGCGUUAGUCCACCAUAGCCCCCCCCCCCCAAAGCUUAGCAACCAGCUCCAAACACUAGACGCACCCAGUCAGAAACCUCAACUCCAUUCUCACCAUCUUCACCAUCUUCUUCCUCCAUCGGUGCCAUCCCUGGAAAGUGUCCACGGGUCUGUGGAGCUUGGUACGGCUAACAUCACCCCGGCACGGCCACUAUAUCCCUGUCUCUUGGUCUGUUCUCUUUUUCUGCACAAGAUCUGCUUGAGAUUGAAGCUAGGACCUCCCCUAACACAGAAGCAACCUUCUUCCAGCGUCCUGAUUGUGAUCUACAGGGACAAAGGUCCCCGUUGGAUGAGACGGCCUCUGUAUCUACUGUUGAAUCUCCAGUUUUUUUCCUUUUUUUUUUUUUUCCCCCCAAACUGUGGAAGUUGAACCGGUGACUAGUAAUGUAUAUGUGACCAUCUUUGUGGCCAUUCCAGUGCUUGAGGGGGAAAAAGUGGCCGCUCCAUGCAGUGACUAUCAUGUGAGCCAAAAGGUUUCCAGAAAGGAAAAAAAAAAAAAAAAAA